CGCCAUUUUAGAAAACGUACAGCUCGCUCGACGGGUCAGGGAAAAGUCGGAAGAAAAGUUUGCUGGAUUGCAGAAUAGAAUUGAAACGAAAAAGCAUCUUGAGCAGUGUUAAUUGUGUGUUCAAUUGUAGCCACGUGUGGUGCAAUAGCGAAGUCGGAAACGAUCUCUUUGAAUACGGUUUCUCAUCGCAUUGUGCCAAGCUACGACACUUCCAAUCGUGGUCCACGUAAAAAGUCUGCAUAGUUACAUUUUUCCCACAUCACAACGGUGUAAAACAGUCUACAAUCGGCUUGAAAGUUCACCUCUGUUAAGCAUAACUUUGCUAAUUAAUGGUAACAAAUUGCAAGUACCUUUUGAUUCGUUGAAGGAGACUUCGUAACAUCAACAGGAAUAAACAAAACCAUUUGAUAAGACUUGGUUUGUCUUGUACCAUACCAUCGUCUCCUGAAAGUGGUAUCCAAUUUUUCAACCGGUGGGACAAGAUAAUCUUCAUUUUAAAAAAUCACUAACAGUCAGUACCGCAGUGUGAACACAUCGAAAAAUAGUAUCGAGAGUUACGCGAAAGGUUUAGACUUUUUCGCUGAUGAAGAUUCUCUGGCAGUAUGAGCGCAUUGGGGGGAACUAAGGGGGAGCGUAAUGCCAAGCCCAAAUUCGCAGCGUUAGAUAUCAACAAACUCUACAUUACGAGUCGAGGUGAAUCUCUGGAACCGUCGACGCAAAAAAGUGCAGUUCCUCGUAAGCAUGGUAUGCAAAGUUUGGGAAAGGUGCCUUCGGCCCGUCGUGCACCGGCGAAUCUUCCAUCCCUGAAGGCCGAAGUUAGCAAUCCUACCGAUCAAGCUGGCAGCUGGGGCAACGAGCAGAACAGCAAUACCGUAGAAGGACAAAGCAGCAGCAGCAAUCCAAACUAUCCUUCGAGUAGCAAUUCAUCAGGAAAUACUGCAGCCCCACAUAGUAACUCUCAACAUCAAGCACCUUUGAAAAGUUCUUCAGGAUCAACAUGGAACACGAACGAGUUCCCCUCCCUGGACGGCACUGGCUCGAGUGGUAUGAAUGUCAACAAAUUGCAGCAGCACCAAAACCACUACCCAGGUACUCCGCAAAUGAAUCUGAGACCGCAGACGGAUGCCGCGAGUUGGAUUCAACAACAAGGAGCCGGUGCACGAGGAUCGACGGGCUCCAGUGGUACAAUGUCCAUGGAUACCAAUGCAAAUGGAAUGGGUGGAUCAAACAACAACCAGCAGGGCAUGUUAACGGCUUCCCAGGCACCACCCUUGCCUCCUCAGUUUCGGGCUCUGCUGCCACCGUUUAUGCGAGGAAACGACGGUGGUACCGGUGCUGGAGGAGCAAACGAUGCAGCACCAUUGCAAUCGCAGCCGUCGUCCCAUCCGAUGACGUCCCCACCGAUGGCCGUCGACAGCCGAAACAACAAUCCGAGCGGCAAUGGAAACAACAUCAAUACGACGAUGCCCAGCUUUGCUCAGUCGCAAAACCAUGCUCCACCGAAUCAUUCUCAUGGACCGACGUCAAAUCAUCAUCAUCAGCAACAGCAACAGGCUCAUCAUCGGAUCGGCGGAGCAGGAGAGCGUGGUGGUGGUGGCCCAGCGGGCAAUUACGCGCCGGUACCGAUCCCUCAAUCGGGCAGAAUGCGCGGCGUUGGCAAUGGAGGCGUCGGCGCAGGAGGAGGCAGCUCAGGUGCUGCUGGUGGAAGCAACGAAAGAGGAAGCGGUGGAAUGAUGUAUAACGAUCAUCAGUAUGGCGGUCGGCGGGGCGGUGGAGGAGGCAAUCAAGCUCCACGUCAUGCUAACCGUGGCAGCGGAGGAUCAGGUAAUAACGCUUCCAUGGGACCAAGAUCUUCCGGUGGGAGCGGCGGAGGCGGCGGAGGCGGCGGCGGCGUAGGCGGCAUGGGCGACAGUGGUAGUGCGAGUGCUGGUAUGCAUGACGACAACCGCUAUUCGCACACCUCCUAUGGUUCCGGUAUGCUGGUCGAGCAGGAAAUUGUUGUGCGGCCGAUCAUUCGGGACGAAGAGUUGCAGAGACUUGAAGCGAUCGCUAAGGAUGAAGGAUGGGCCAAGGAUUACGAAUUCGACUACAACCAGAAGCUGGAGUUUUCGGACGACGAAUCGGAACCGAACCCUUCAUCUAUUGCGAAGAAAGAUCCACCUGCUGCCGCCGGCGCUGGAAAAACGGAUAAAGUGAACCAGAUGAAGGAGAUCGAACGUGAUCUAGAUAGGCUGGAGGCCAACGAGCGCAUCGAGCGCGAUCGUAUAGCUCGUGAUCGUGAACGAGAAAGGGAUCGUACCGAGCGUGAUCGCAUUGACAGAGAGCGUGAGCCGUACCGAGAUCAUCGCGGAGCAGCGCAAUCUAUGCAAGCAAAUGGCUAUGCUGGUCGUACCGGUGGCGGUAGCACUGGUGUUGGUGGUGGUGGUGGUUCGGGAAGCUCGAACAUAGUAGGAGGGGUGUUGGAUGCCGCAGAAGCAAAAGAACGUUUAAAGCAACGGCGAGAGGAAGAUCAACGACGAGAGAUGGAGCGUAAGCAAGCGGCUGCUAGAAAAUUGCAGGAAUUAGAAGAAAAGCUGAGCCGAAAGAAGACUGAAGAGGCUACUUCAGCUCCCUCAAGCGAUAAUAUUGGGAAUAGUGGCACAGCUACGGCCAUCUCCGUCACCCCGACGGCGGGUUUGUCGUCCAGUAAAUCUGAUGACGAUAAGGCAGCUCUGAUCAACACCCUGGAACAACCAAUGGAACGCUCCACCAUAUCUGUGAAGAUUCGUGGCAAAAGUGGGGAUCGUAAUGAUUCAAGAGAUAUGCGCUAUGAAUAUGGUGGAGGAUCGGCUGGCGGUCGCCACGACCGUGAUAGCGGCGUUGGAGGUAGCUCGGGCAACUGGGAAAUGCCCGCCUUUUCGAAGUCUUUCCAAUCGAAUUUACCACCCAGAUUCCAAAGGCGCAAACUAGAGCGUAACACAUCCGGAUCGAAUCUAGCUGGGCCAUCAACAUCGAACAGCAGCAGCACCGGACUUGCCAACAGCCGUAGUGCGAGCUCCGCGGGCAGCAGUGGCUCAAGUGGCGGUCAAAAUCCAGUUGGCGGACGCGAUGUUGGUGAUGUGAAAAGUGGAAUUCCCUUCGCACAGCAAUAUGAUCCACGGUUUAUACACAAUCAACAAACGUACGGCAAGAGUGCUAGCAUGCGCCGUGGACCGACUGCUGGCGGAGCACAAACUUCCAGCGAAAGUGACAGCGGACCUGGACUGAUGCGCAGCUCAUCUGCACGGGAUCGCGAUGAGCAUCGCGAACAGCAACAGCAUCACCAGCAAGACCGUGAUCGCGAUCGGGACUCUACUGAGCAUCGCGAAAAUUAUCCGCGAGAGAUUAUGAAACGUCGUAUUGAUUCUGCGGAAGAAGAAGAUCAGUUCGUUGGCGGUACUGGUGGAAAGCCACAUCUUGGAGGAGCAGGAGAAGGAAGAGCUGGGCGCAUAACGCCUCAGUUGGCUCGCAGUGUGUCGGAAUGCUCUCAGCGCAAGACGAGUGUUUCGAGUGAUGAUAAUCAUCAUAGUGCGUCGUAUCAUCAUAAUCACGGUGUCAUGUCUAGUGGAAAACAGCAGGGAAGUGUCAGUUCACGUGACCAGCAGCUGUCCUGGGAUACCGAAAUGGAGCGCGAUGAACGCUCACAGUCGUCCUCAUCUUUGGGAGCAUCGGGUGGUCCAGGUAAAGAUGGAGGUUCUUCGUCUACGUCGUCGUCCGGUGGUGUAGUGGAUCGGCAACAGCGUGAUACGCCGCCUCGUUCGGAACGUGAACCGAAGCAGAUACUCCAGCGCGCGAAGGAAUCAACACCAGUACCGGUUGUAUCGUCAUCAGCGCACGACGAUAAUGAAACCGUUAUGAAAAACGAAGCGAAGGUUGUUGACAAACUACUGCCACAUGACGAUGGUAUUCAGGUGCAGCGCAAAGUCAUCGCAGUUACAUCGGAGGGCGGCACAACAUCUUCCGAUGCGAAUACCAUGACAGCAGCAGCAGCAGCAGCAGCUCUGAGUCUUUCGAAGCCUUGGUCCGAAGUCGAAGAUCAACCGGUUGGAAGUGAUGCUGGAGAAUCCUCCUCUGAACUAUCACGGAAAGGGUCAUCCUUCACUGAGGACGGUAUGGUGGGUGAUAAUGCACCCCGCAACGAUAGUACUUCUAGCAAUAUAUCGACGAAAGCACUGUCAGCGGAUGGAAAAGAACAUUCGGAAGAAAAAUAUAGCACCUCCCGGUCCCUGCAGCAGCAGCAGCAACAGCACGGAGUGAAUAAGAAGAAUUCGACUACGGUGCAACACGGACGGGAAACCAAUAGGAGGCAUGAUUCCCGUGGAGCCGCGGGAAGUGGGGCAGGAGGAGCUGGCAUGCGUGGCACAUACGGCAGUGGUAGUGGAGGCUACAAUCAUCGUGUCGAUACAAGUGGUAACUCUAGAGGCGGUGGUGGUGGUGGUAGUUGGAAUCGAUCGCGUGGCGGCGGACGUGUCGGUGGUCGCAAUUAUAACCAAGACUACUGGAGUGAGUCGGAAUUUUCUGAGGAAGGUUUCGAUGAGCAUCAUCAGUCACAAUCCAAGCAGCAGAACCACCACCAGUACCAUCAUCACUCACAGUACCGGCACCCGGGAGGGUCUGCUGGUUCGACAGGUGGAGUGGCGGGGGGAGCUGGCGCCGGUGGAGGAGCUGGAGCACCAGGUGCAAAUGUUCCAGGCCAAGGAGGAUCUAAGGAAGGAUUUACACCCCGUGGUGAACCUUCGCGUCGGGGCCGAGGUGGUGGCAGCACUGGCGGCGGCAUACCUUCGUCCUCGUCAACUACAUUCCGACAGAAGCCAGGUGGAUCGCUUGGUGGAAACAGCGGAGGAGGUGGCAGUAUUGGCAAGAAAAUCGACGGAUAUGGUCCGCCGAAUGCAAAGAGUCCCUUCGGUGGUAGUAACGCGGGAACUGCUGGUGAAGAAAGAAAUACGUCCAACAGCUCCGGGUCACUGGCCAAUGCAGACGAC